ACCAUGGUGGUGUUGAACUGUGUAUACAUGAAGUACGUCACCAAGAUCCAGACCUUUCUGUCCGGCUCCAAGAUCAUCGUCCUCCUCAUCAUCAUCGUCUCUGGCAUCUACAACCUCGCCACAGGUGAGAACGAGAACUUCGACGCGCCUUUCCAGAACACCACCCAGGAACCAGGCAGGUUCGCUGUCGCCAUCUUUUAUUCCAUCUUUUCCUACGGCGGCUGGCAGGUCAUGACGACAUUACUGGAGGAAAUCAAAGACCCGGCCAGAGACCCGCCCCGGUCCGUCUACAUCUCGUUCGCCAUCGUUAUCUCCAAGUACAUCCUGACCAAUGUGGCCUACUUGACCUUGCUGUCGCCUGCUGAGGUCAUCGCAUCCCCUGCUGUCGCUUCGGAUUUCAUGAACCGGAUGUACAGCCCCCUCGUCCCUCUGGUGUCCGUUUUUGUAGCCUUGACCUCGAUCGGUGCCUUAAACGCCUCCAUUAUGGGUCACUCCAGGCUGCUGUUUGCUGGUGCCCGAAACGGGCAUAUGCCACAAAUUCUGGGCAUGGUCCAUACAAAGUACUUGACACCCUGGCCGUCUAUAUUUGUUUAUCUAGUCUGGGGUCUGAUCAUGCUCUACACUGGGGGUGUGACCGACAUGAUGGACUUUAUCUCCCUCUUCUCCACCAUCAUGGGCGUUGUUGUCGUCGCCUCCCUCCUCUACCUCAGGUGGAAAAAACCAACAGAGACCAGACCAUACAAGGUGAUGUUCUUCAUUCCCGUCUUAGAGAUGAUCGUCAACAUCGCAGUAUUAGUGCUCGCUAUUUACCAGAAACCGAAUAAAAUGGGCAUCGGGCUUGCCAUAUUUUUUGCUGGUAUCCCCGUCUAUUGGUUUGGGGUUUUAUGGAAGUCCAAACCGAAAGAGUUCACUAACAUUGUUGAUAAUUUAACAGCGACAGCACAGAAGCUUUUUAUGUUGACCAAGGUAAAGAAGUAAAACCAC